AUGUAAGAAAAAAAAAUUAAGAAAAACAGAAUUAUUCAUUCUUCAUUUUUAAAAUUACUUUAUAAAAUUCUAGAGGUAAACUAAAUUAAUAAGAUAGAAUCAAGAAUAUGAAAACAUAAUCAGAUGGAAUGAUUUGGGAGAUAAAUUUAUCAUUUUAGAUAAACCUAUUUUUAUAUCAAAAAUACUACCAAAAUACUUUAGACAUUAAAAGUUUUCUAGUUUUGUAAGGUAAAAAUAUAAAUAAUUUAAGGUAAUUAAACUUAUAUGGAUUCUAAAGAAUUUGUGGUGAAGGAAAUAACUCUUGUUACUUUAAUACUUAGUUCACUAGAUAGAAUCCAAACUUAUAAAUGAAAAAAAAACAAAGACAAUUAUAUUCACAUUAAGGAUUUGAAACUUCUGUUUUAAAGAACUAAAUGAAUUAAAUUAAAAUGACACAAUAACUAAUAAAAUAAUAAAUAGAAGGAUGCUUGUAAUCCGUAGAUAAAUUGUCUAGUAUUACUCAAUAUUUAUUGAAUGUAUAAAUCAUUUAUAUUUAACAUAGUUGCUCUUUGAAACCAAAAUUUAAACAUCUAAUUAAGCUAAAUCUGUACUUAAUGCAGCCUUAGAAAUAGUUUAUGGCAUGCUACCUCAAUUUUGUAAAUAAUUUGUAAUAAUUUAAAAGGUUUAACAUUUUAGGAAUUAUUAGAAAUUACUUUUCCUUCAAGUGAAGUCUUAUCACUUGAAAAUGCAAUGUCAUAUCUCCAUAAAAACCCUAUAUCCCCACAAAGUCAUAUAUCAUUACUCUAAAUAUUUAAUUAUUUAUCUUCCUACUACCCAGCAACUUAAUUUUCAAAACAUAAUGAAGCUUAUUCAAAUAUAGAGUAAUCCUGUCGUAAUUUAGAAGAUUUUGCAUGUUAAAGUAAGCAAUUAAGAAUUAAAGAUUGAAUAAAUUUUAGCAAGAAUAAUAUUAUUAUAUCUCCA